AUGUUAAUUUUUGUUGAUCGAUUGAGAAUUCAUCUGAGGCGCCGUCUCGAACAGCGGGCUGCAAGUGUCCGUGAACAGUACCUGUACAUUGCUCAAAUUCUCAACUUUAUGGGUGGUAUGGCCGGUGCAGAUAUCUUCACGCCUAACUACACGCCAAGGACUUGGUACUUUAAGUUCGUCUUGUUUAACUUAGCGUUGGUGUUCUGUAUCAACUUGUACAGCCUAUACAACGUGUUUGGCAGCCUGGUGGAUUUCAUGUACUGUUUGGAGACCAUUUUGUACGUUGGCAUUUGCUGUGUUAAGCUAUACACGUUCGUUUGGCACAAGGACCUUAUCGUGAAGCCGCACCAGUUCAUCAUUACCUUCAUAGACAACUUUGGUGGCAGCAAGGAGGAAGACGAGCAGAUCUCGCAAACUGUCCACAACAUCUACGCACUACUCAUCCUAUUUGCUGGCUGUUCGUGUGGUGCAGCCGGGCUGAUUUUCGUGUACUCGUUGCUCUGGUCCGCACUGGUUGAAUAUGUGGUUCCAUUUGGUUUCGUCAUUCCAUCGGUGUCGAUAGACAACCUUCGAGGAUUUUCUGUGAAUUAUGUCUUGCAACUGUUCGAAACUUUCCUAACCGUGAGCGGAAUUGUUGGCAGCGAAUGUGUCUUUUUCAUGUUCUUACUGAACGCUUGUCUUCAGAUGGAUAUGUUAUGUCUGGAGUUGGAUAGGCUAUCUGCUCUUUGCGUCUUGAAUGACCAAGGGCAGCGCACGGGCGAAAUACGAAACCGCAUUCGUACGAUUAUUGAGCACUACAUUGAGCAUCUAGAGUGA